AUGGGCAUGCGGCUUCACCUGGCGCCCCACAUCUCUCAGCCUCUCCAGCUCGGGCAGCACCACCCUGUCGAGAUCCGGCCGAUCCCUCCUCCUCAGCUCACAGCACCCGAGCGCCAGCCUGGCAAGACACAGCGCCUCCUCAAUCGGCCACUUGUCAACAGCCGGAUCCAGCACAUCCCCAAACCUCCCCUCCUCAAUGGCGGUCCCCACCAGGUGAGUCAGCCCCAUGGGCGGCCGAGCCGUGAUCAGCUGCAGCAGCAGCACACCGAGCGAGUACACGGUCGAUGUAGCAGAAGGUUCCGGCAGCUGCCGUGUGGCGGGGUCGGGAGGGGGGACGAGGCGGGCCAGCCCGACGUCGCUGAUCUUGGCGAUGUGGUUUCGGUCGAGGAGGAUGUUUGCGGGCUUGAGGUCGCGGUGGACGAGGGGCUCAGGUUUUGUUUGGUGGAGGAAGUUGAGGGCUGUUGCCACCUCAGCUGCGAUGCGGAAUCGGGAGGGCCAAGGGAGGGGGGGUGUGCGGAGGAGACGGUCUUCGAGGGAUCCGUUGUCCAUGUGCUCGUAGACGAGGCAGCCGUACUCGGGGCAGGCGCCCAAGAGGAUGACCAUGUUCGGGUGACGCAUUCGGCUCAAUACCUCCACCUUCAUACACUCAUUUUAAAAAGGACUACGUACCUCUUGUUGGAACUGUUUGUGCCCUUCCGAUAUAUCCGACCUCAGCACCUUAAUCGCGACUGGCGUGUGAUCGAUCAUGCCUUUGUAAACGGGCCCAUAACUGCCUUCGCCGAUCUUGUCCGAGGGCGAGAAGUAGUUUGUGGCAGCCUCAAUUUCCUCUAUGGAGUAGCGCCUGCACCGCACCCCACAGCGGGCCAAGGCAUCCAUUGCCUUCUGCUUCUCCUCGGACUCAUGCUGGAACUUGCACUCAGCCCUCUUUCUCUUCUCAGACUCGAGCUCAGCUAUGUGCUGGGCCCGGUGAGCUAUGUCAACAGCAGCUUUGCACUUGCUCUUCUCCCGCUCCACCACGGCUAG